GCAAGGAAGGGGGAGGGAAUCCUUAUGCUUUCAUUCUUCUGUCUCACAGUGUGUCUCGCUCUUUCUGUUCCCCCACCCAGAGAAAUAAUGUAGGACCUGCAAAGCUAAUGCUCUCUCUGCCAGUCGUACAGCCUAUCCUUGUCUCACUAACUCAAGCCUGCAGCAUCCCAUAUUAGACAGAGAGGGAGAGAGAGAAAGAGAGAGUAAGAGAGAGAGAGGUAGAAGCAGGAUUUGAAGAUACGAGAAAAAUAUCUGAUUUCUCUCUCUCUCUCUCCCAGUUCCCUCUCACCCAUCCCUCUUCUUGGGACCCUUAUGUACUAUACCAGGAUGCCUGUCCAAGCUCUGGAGGACCACUAUACUUUGCUAUAAAUUAGCCAGACGCUUGUGGGAUAUAAUAAAAAAAGCUCUGCAAAGAGGAGGAGGCGGUCACAGCUAUGGGUUGCAUUGGAUCCCGGACCAUAGCCGGUGAUGCAGUACCCGUGGAGUGUAAGUCAAAAGACACCAGCCAUGUCCAUAUGGACAGUACCUCCUCUCUGCCAGGUAGCACUACCCACAGGCCGUCAACAGAGCAGCACCGCUCAGACCUCUCUUGGGAUGGAAUUAACCUGUCAAUUAAAGACACAGCAUCAAUCUUGCCCAAGCUCAAAAGAAACUCCAAUGCUUAUGGGAUUGGUGCCUUAGCAAAAUCUUCUUUUUCAGGCAUCUCUCGGACCAUGAAAGAUCGUGUCACAAAACCCACUGCGAUGGGAAGUGGUAGGGUUGCUCAUAUGAUCGAAUGGCAAAGCUGGGGUAAACAGGAACUACUCAAACCAAUUCACACUCAGACCACUGUCCGCUUGGAUGCUGAUGCUUACUCUGAUCUGAGUGAUGGUGAAAAAGAAGCCAGAUUUGCAGCAGGUGUAAUGGAACAAUUUGCCAUCUCAGAGGCUACACUAAUGGCAUGGUCAUCCAUGGAGGCUGAAUCAAUGAGCAUGGGCUCCACACAGGACAACACAGCACACACUAGUGAAACAAACCAUGAAAGUUUGGAGAACCAAGAGUACAUGAUGCAAAACUACCAGGAGGGAUGGCCCCACAACUAUGUCUCACAGGGAAUGUAUUGCCUAAGUUCAUCUGAUGCUUGGGAGCCAAGUGAUCAAUCCCUGAUUGCCUCACCUGCAGCAGGCUCCUAUGUGGGGCAUAAUUUUGAGGAGCGUAAGCAAAGCCUGCAGGAAGCUAUUUAUUUACAACACCUGCAGCAGCAACAACAGCAACAACAACAACAACAACAACAACAACAACAACAGAAUUUGUCAUCACAAACUACUCCCCUAGUCAACAUAUGGGAAAACCAGCCAAACCCCAAUGCCACCUACUACCAGGAAGAGGGUGGCUAUGUUGCUUUACGCUGUGAGGAAAUGCAGGAUGCCCAGCUGGUUGAAAACACACCUCUCCUGAACAAGAAGUCAUCCCCAGAGGAGGAUGAUGUCUUAUGCAAAGAUUUGGAGUCACUCUCUCCAAGGGAGGAGGCUGAACAUGCAAAUUUCUGCAGGAAGGUUUCUGAUGUGACAUCCUCUGGGGUUCAGUCAUUUGAUGAAGAGGAAGGUGAGAAUAAUAAUAACUGACUGCACUUGGAAAAUGCAAGCCAAAAAGAGAUACUGAUAUCUUAGGCUAAACAAUUGAUUCUUCUAGCCCAUGGAACUUAAUUACUCAACUUGGAUGUUUGUUGCUACUCUUUUGAGAAGUUAGGGUGCUUUAUUUGCACCUACUCAGAAAUGAAUAAGCAAUGCAUGUCUAGAAGGUGGGUCUGAAUAGGCCAGUAUCUCUUAAUACUGCCCUUCAGGUAGGUUUCCCAAGUGAUGCCAGUCUAGAAAGAUUUUUUAGGGAGCAUUUUACACUGCAAAUUGUCAUAAUUAUGUAUUUAUUUAUUUAUUUAUCUAUUUAUUUUCAUGCAGUUCCUUAGGCAGAGAUGUCUGCUAGCCAGACAUGCUGGUGCUGUCCAGGUGUGCCCAUUAUUUACUGAUGGAUGUCGUCUCUGUAAGUGCUGUCACUGAGUUGCCUAUUUCUUCACUGUCUGCUACUAGGGAGAUGUGUGAUACUAUGAAGGCUGCAAAGCACAUUGCAUUAUUGAUAAAUAAUUGCAUCAUGUCAACUGUUUUUAAUUGAUCUGAAAAUAUCAUCCUCUUGCAAAGCAAGAAGACUGAGUGGAUAACUAAUGGGGUAAACUCUGUUUGCCUUUGGUUACAAGUUUUAGUGAUGUGAAUAUACUUUCUGGGGUUAGAAGCAGUGAUUGUGUGAAAGGUUUUAAGACUUGCAUGGGAUAUUUAUUUCAUAAGACAGGUAGAGACAGUAAAGUAAUAUGGGUGGCUGGUGGUCUUUGACAGUUAAAUUGCUGUUUUGUAUUUAUUACAGUACAUAAGAAGUGCCAAACAUGGCAACUGACUUGCCAAAAUAAUUUUGUUUGCCACUCUGCCUUCAGAACAAUAAAUUCAUAGUCUUGUCUAGCUACUUCUAAAGGUCAGAAAGAAAUGAGAAACUUGAGUGAAAACAGAAGCUGUAGCUGCAUUUCUAGACAUUAGCAACAUGGAAAAACUGCUGCUUCCACUCUGUAAUACUUUCUUGCUACUUCCGGAAAACCAGUCAUUCUGGCCUCAUCCUCACAGCUGGGGAAUACAUGAUGGCCUUAUUGACCCAAAAACAAGAAGAGAUAUCUAUCACUUCUGUUAAAUGCUGUGUCACUUUGGGUUACACAGUGCUAGCAAGAGAGUCAAGAAAAAGGUGCACCUCAGGCAACUAAUAUUGGAAACCCACAGGAUAGCAACAUGGCAUCAAUCAAAUUUCAUUAGAAAGUAGACUGCUACAAAUAAAAUUGAAAUUUAUGACAAUUUACCGACUCUCCAAUAAUUACCUUUUCAUAAUAUACUCUAGAAAUUUAAGAGCAGCAACAGCAAUCACGAUGUAAUAUACACUUCGUGCUCAUGCCUUCAGGUACUAAAGCAAUGGGUCUUCUAUAUGAAAUUCCUUAAAACGGUCACUGAAAUGUUGUUGCCCUGAUCCUGAUUCUCAUCUGGGUUCACAUUGUCAAGUAAAGUCUUCUAGUUUAGAAAGUUCUGACAAAACAUUUUGCUGGUGAAUAAUGGAAUAAUGUCAUACUGAUUUAUUUUCUUUUAAUCCCCAAGUGGAACAAAGCACACAUUUGAAGUGGUAAUGUCUCUUUCUGAAGCAGGUAAGUAUGGGAAUGAAUACAGAAUGAGGAUGAUGGUCAGUCUCUACUCUGGCAAGUAAUGAGUGACAAUGUAUGACAAAUCAAUAAUGGCUCCAAGUCAAGCUACUAACACAUUAAUUAAAUACAAAACAUUACCUGUAACCUUUCUGUUAAUGAAAGAAUAUAGUUUGAAUUGUGCCGUAAAAAAUUAUUUUGCUGGAUGGCCGAAAGGUACUCUGUUUUAAUAACCAAAUCUUUGUUUAAAUGGCAGGAUCAGAUACUUUAAAUAUGAACUGUGAUCUUUUGCAAAUAAUUGUUAUUUAAUGAUGGAUGUGGUUUUUCUCUGAGCCUCUGUUUAACAGUAAUGCAUGGUCAAUGGAUCAGAAAUACAUAUCUUUAAGGACCGUAACAUUUUAUGGUGAAAGAAUAAAAAAAGAAAAAACAUUAAUGUGAGAGAAAAUCCAAACUUGGGCAGUGCAAUACAAACUCUGAAGUUGGAUAUAGUUUGCUUUAAAUCUUGUGAAGAGCAGAAUGUUUGCUUCUAUAUGAAAACUUUCAGACUUCUGGAUUAUGCAUGUGCUGCAGACUAUGGCUUACAUUCUUUAUUGUCAGUGUUUAAAAUGUUUUGGAAACUGUGAGUUCUCAGGCACAGUGUAUGUUAAUCACUGUUUAUGUCACAUUCCUCAUUUUAUGCAUUUAUUGAAACAUUUAUGAAUCAUGGGUAGACCACCGUCACAGUGUGGCAGAUCUUUUCAGAUUUCUUGUGCUGAAGUGAUUAAAUGAGAGGAUAGGUGUUUUUCUUUAUUUUUUUAGAUUCCGUUUUGAAAGUAUGUUAUUAUUACAAACUGAAAUAUGUGUCACUGCCUUAUUGUUUAAAAAAGAAAGAACAAAAACUGUUAAUAAUGGCCAAAAAGUUUCUAAGGCUAAUUAUGACUUAGCUGUUUCAUCACUUAAUAUUGACUUUCCUCUCUUUUGCUUUGUCAGUGAUGCAUUUUGGGUUUAUAAGAAAUAUAUUAAAUUUACUUGCAAAUAGCUAUAU